AUGGAAGGCACCGCGAUCGCUAAGUAUGUCAUUUUCGGGUUCGCACAAUGUUGUGGCCUCACAGCGUUCUUCAUCAUCAUUGCCGUCCUCUCCAACUGUGGAAGCAUCGACUGGAGCAGGUCGCUCAACGUCCACGCCUUCUGCAUGUUCUUCGGGAUGGUGUAUCUCCAGGGGAUGGCAAUUUCAUCGUUCCGAGUGCUGACCUUCGUGGACAGGACGAUAGUGAAGCUGAUCCACGUGGCAGUGAACGCCGGAGCCCUCAUAGUGACCUUAGUGGGCAUCAUCGCCAUACUCUCCAAUAGACCCACCUUCUCCCUCCAUGGGGUUAUCGGCAUGAUAACCUUCCUCCUCUUCGCCAUACAGUGGUUUUCCGGAUUCUUCAGCUUCCUGUACCCAAAGCUGGAGCAGGACACGAGAGCCGCCAUGAUACCCUACCACAGGGCGGGUGGAGCCGUUAUCUUCGGCUUGACUAUCGUUACCGCGGUGGUGGGUAUCCAUGGCUACGCCACCUUCUCUAAACUAAUAUGCUUUUCCUACGGCAGAGCGAGUGAUUACUCCGAUGAGAUGAUAGCAGCUGGAGUAUUCACUCUGGUCUAUGGAUUGCUGUCAGUGAUUCUCGUCCAAGCUAAAGUCUUCAAGCGAAGCUAA